CCCUUGGGAAGGCACCAUGAAGGGUCCCGUGUUCACCCUGGUCCUGCUUUCCGCGCUGUUCGCCAUCCCCGAAGUGAGGAGCAAGGACACGGUUAAGCUGUGCGGGCUGGACUACGUGAGGACAGUGGUCUACAUCUGCGCCACCGCCCGCUGGAGGAGACAGGCGGAGGGGACCCCGCCGGGCCAGCAAGCUGAGAGAAGAAGGGACUCCCAGCGUGAGACUUCCAGGGAAAUCUUCGCGCACCAUCUUGACAAGGUGGAUUUCUCAGGAGAGGAGCUCAUUCAGGAGAGGCAGUUGCCCACAGAGGGGCUGCAGGAGACGGGGAAGCAUUUGGCGAAGUCCAGGCGAGACUUACAGACUCUGUGCUGCACUGACGGCUGCUCCAUGGUGGAGCUGAGUGCUCUGUGUUAGGCAAGCGUGGGCUCCAGAGGGCCGCAGCUUAACCCUCGCCUAACCAGGGCUCUUCUGUCUCUUAGAUGAGGCUUUGGAAUGGGCAGCCCUUUCCUAAGUGAAGUCUGUCUUCUCCCCUUGCCAAGGUGAAUGCUUUCUUCUUUUCAA